UGUUGUGUCUAAGCUUAAUUCUUUAUUAUUUUUCUUGGUUCAGAUUGAUGGGUCAUUCAAUUUUUCAAUUGGGUUUUUGAUUUUGUUUUUGUUUUGUGGAUUGGUGCAGUGAAGAUGGCUGGAUCAGAUGAGAACUACCCAGGAGUGAUUAGGCCUUCAAAUCUUCAAGGGGGAUUGAGGCCUGGUGUUGGAGGAAAAGUGACUGGAGGGUUGGGGCAAAAUAGGAGGGCACUAAGCACAAUCAAUAGGAAUGUAAUGGGAGCUCCCCCAUUACACUGUGCUGUUGUUCAUAAGAGAAAUGACAUUACCGAAAACAAAACCAAUGCUGCUACUAACAAGAUCCCUCCUGUUCCGAUUCAUCGUCCAAUCACAAGGAAGUUAGCUGCGCAAAUUGCAAGCAAACAGCAUCAACCAGCAGUCGAGGUAACAAAGCCACCAGUCCCAGUGGUACCAAUUAGAAAUGAAUCAGCAGACUGCAUUAUUAUAGAUGCUGAAGAAUACAAGACCACUGGUAAUUCCGCUGUGCCAAUGUUUGUGCAACAUACAGAAGCAAUGAUGGAGGAAAUUGAUAGGAUGGAUGAGGAAAUAGAGAUGGAAGAUGCAGAAGAUUGGUCAAUUGUGGACAUAGACAGUCCUGAUAAAAAGAACUCACUUGCAGUAGUGGAAUACAUCGACGACAUCUAUGCUUACUACAAGAAGGCUGAGAUCGUUAGCUGCGUCCCUCCAAACUAUAUGGAACAACAAUUUGAUAUCAAUGAGAGGAUGAGAGGCAUCCUCAUUGACUGGCUGAUUGAGGUACACUACAAGUUUGAACUGUUGGAGGAGACUUUGUAUUUGACUGUGAAUCUCAUCGAUAGAUUCCUGGCAGUUCAGUCAGUGAUAAGGAAAAAGCUUCAACUUGUUGGAAUAACAGCUAUGCUUCUUGCCUGCAAAUAUGAAGAGGUUUCUGUACCUGUAGUGGAGGAUCUAAUUUUGAUCUCUGACAGAGCUUACACCAGAAAAGAAGUGCUUGAAAUGGAAAAGUUGAUGGUUAAUGCCUUACAGUUCAACAUGACGGUGCCUACAGCAUAUGCAUUUAUGAGGCGGUUUCUUAAAGCCGCUCAAUCUGAUAAGAAGGUGGAGCUCGUGUCGUUCUUCUUGAUUGAGCUAUGUCUAGUUGAGUAUGAAAUGCUUCGAUUCCCACCAUCAAUGCUUGCAGCUGCUGCUAUCUUUACUGCACAAUGCACUCUCGGUGUGUCUAAGGAGUGGAAUAAAACCUGUGAGAGGCAUAGCAGCUAUGUCAAAGAUCAACUUUUGGAAUGCUCGAAAUUGAUGGUUUGUUUCCAUCAGAAGGCAGCAAUUGGGAAGCUUACUGGCGUGCACCGAAAGUACAGCACUUCUAAAUAUGGCUAUGCUACUAGAUGUGAACCAGCUUCUUUUCUAUUAGAAGCAUGGUUUUAGGGGAUUGUCUAGGAGGAACACAUGAUGAAACUGCAUGCUUGCAGUAGUAUAUGUGUUCAGUUUUUUUAAUGCAAUUGUUGAUGAGCAACAUAAGUUGCCCCAGGCUCUGGGGGAAGGGGAGGGUGUUUGAGUUCUUUUGCUACUGAGAAAACUUUGUUUAUGGUUUUUCAUGUCAUGUACAUUGUUGGAAU